AUGGCAGAGCAGAACAGCCGCGAUGUGGUAGAUCAGACCCUGUCGGGCGGCGAGCCUUCGCCUUCCGACGUCCCUGCAAGCACCACCAACAAGCCGACUCCCCAUGGGGACGUGGGAGAAAUUCAACAUAUCGCGACCAGUUCAACUACGCAAUCUUCGACGGAUCCGCACUACAACGACGAAACGAGACAGACGCCUGUAUCGCAUACCGAGAGUACUGGAACUGAUAAGGAAACUGGGAGUCCUUCGAUGGUGGGUCUUGCUGCUGAAGGCCGAGGAGGAAAUCUGCUAAACCAGCUACAGGAUUCUUCCAAGCAGAGCAUCGGGUUGGUUGCGUCACGCGCUAUUGAAAUGAAUGGGCUAGCAUCGGUAUCGGAUGGUGGGGACGACACGGCCUCACAAGGUGGUUCGGAAUCGGACGCCAGUCGAACCGACGGCAGACAUCACGCACGAACUGGAUCGGUUAAGAAGCCUUCUACGUUCAAACCUGUGUCUUUCGCCAAGUUCGCCCUGCCCAAAGCGCCUGGGACUGCGGCGCCGCCGAAGGCCCCGGAGAAAGUACCAUCGGCUUCGACGACUCCCCUGGGCACACCCCAACCGAGCUCUCGGCCACGGUUGGUCGCAAAGGCAACAUCUGGAAACUCCGUUUUGAAGCCAGGUUCAAGCAGCACGAAUCCGGGCGGUUCUGGGCCAGACCCAAACCAAGUUUGGAACAAAAACCGACGUACGUUACAAUGCCAAACUUAUAGUGAGAGUUCGGAACUGACAUUUCUCUCCUUUUCAGCCGUUCAAGCAACCCCCGCGAAGCACUUGACCGACGAAGAGCUGAAGCAGCAAUAUGGAAUUCACAUGACAUCUCGUAUCCAGGAAGACGGCGGUGGUACUACAGAAGCGAAGUGGGCUGAUAUUGAUGACGACGAGGACGAUUGGGCCCCUGAGACGAUUGAGUGGACGGAUGGAACGAAGGUCACUCUCACUCAUACCGACCCGGUACCUGCACCCGAGCAUGCUCAUGGAGAGCUGUCCCAGCCACCACCACCGCUGCCACUUGAGGCCACAGAAACGAAAGAACCAACCAAGAUCGCAGCUCCAAAGCCCACGACAUCUAUUGGGCCUAAUCCAACAGUGUUGAGGCUUGGGGCAAACGCUGAACGACAAGCGAAGGCCGCUAGCAUUUCCUCGAAAGGCACAAACGAUAGAGCUCCCUCUGGAUCCACAAGUCCUGCGCCUCCGACCAAAUCACCAUGGGCAUCUUUGCCCCCCAUCGAGAGAGUAUCGCCAGUGAACGCGUCGGGUCACCCUCCACCUCCGCGCCCUCCUCCUCACUAUCCGCAUCGCGAUGACGUUCGUCAUGCAGCUUAUCCACCUCAAGAGAUCGCAGCGGAUGAUUUUAACCGUCAGUGGCGAGAAUCCGCACCCGGUGCGCCACGGGAGUUGUUCAACUCACGUUCCGGUCGUUAUGAACCAGUAUCAGACAACCGACGGCCAUCCUGGCGGAAUGAGCCUCCCUCGGGAGGCGCUCGGGGCCCGGCAGUGCUGCAACGAUCAGGCCAUGAUCACGGUGGCCCAGCUGAACCAUCCGCGGCUUUCCAGACCCACCGGCAUCAUCAAGAAGGUGGUGGAGGUAUGGGCUGGAAUCGUCGUCGAACCUCCUCUAAUGUUAGUGGCGGAAGUGGAGGAUUCGGACGUCGCAUGUCCUUUGGCCGCGCAGAUGGGCCUCCAAGGCACUUCGAAGCCCGAAGGGGCUCUCAGACCAACGGAAUGGUUGAUCCUGCAUUGAUUGACCGCGAACAAAUACCUCCUCACGCACCAGCUCAUCAGCACGGUAGCUCGGCUAUUGCCUCACCCCCGCCUCCGACUGCUGCUGAAAUCGCAUCGACUGAGAACCAGCCAGCCCCAUCUACUGCUCCUGCAGAACCCGAAGAAGAUCCUUUGGUGAUGCAAGCACGUGUGAUGAAGGAGACGAUCCGCCUAGCCAAACAGCGACGGGAAGAGCAAGAGGAGAAAGAGAAGCUUGCAAGGCAAGAGAGAAUUCGGCAGAAGUUGGCGUCUCUACCUCCCGCUCCCGAAAAGCCGCAACGCAAGGAGAAUGUUGAUAGCCGCAAACCUCAGGCUCCGCCUACACCUUCUGCAGCUCCUGCAGUUAUGCAUUCCCCUCCAAAGCCUCCGGUCCCGGAGCCUUCUGGAGCGCCAAAGCAAUAUGGCAUGAUGAAAGUUCAUCAUCCAGAUACGGUGAAGAAACUUGUCGCGGCCAAUGAGAGAGACCGUGUUUCCGAGAAGCAUACGGAUAAACCUCCUUCCUCUCAUUUGCGGCAAGCUACUUCCCCUCGCGAGGCGAAACGGGAACCUGUCCAGGCUACUGAACAGAAGCAACAGCCCCAGCAGCAACAACCCGCUCAGUCACCUCCACAGGAUACGAAUGUGGAUGAGCAGAGUGGCCAGUGGCGUGGUAAUCUCAACGUGCCUGGCUCCUAUCCAUCGUGGUCAGCUAAUCCUAAGCUUGCUCCCACCUCACCUUCUGUGAAGAACCCAUGGAAGCCUUUGAGCAGCGACAGAACUCUCGGCAACGGUAUCUUUGACCAACCUCUUGGAGGGUUCCCAUCACGGGAGCUUCCGUUGCGGAGCCAGUUGGCAUUGGAUCAACCUGCCCAGGCGUUACCAGGAGCCCAGGAUGUCUCAGUGAUUACUUCGCUGCCAUCUCCUGAAACCAGGAUCGCCGGCUACGAUCCAUUGAGUCCCAUCGGUCGGCCCGGUCCCAUUGGACCACCAAGCUUGCCCCGUAACCCUAAUGCUCUGGGUGCAUGGGGCAAUUUCCACAAUGUCGCAUCUCACAGAGAGGCCGAAGAAUCUGAACAGAAACGACAGGAGUUUAACGCCAAUCGCAACCAGCCUAAUACAGCUGUCAACUUCAAGGAGACCUGGAAGCAAGUGCGAAGUGGAGAAGAGGCCGGUCAACGACAUGUGAUGGGUGGAGGCGUGAAUCAAAACCACCAGAGCCUGCCUGUGAACCCAAUGACGGGUCUGGAUGCUCCAGUGGAUGGUCUUCCUUUUUCCGAAACACAUGCCCGCCCUCUUGUCAGUGUUCCUACGAGAAGCUCACGUUUCUUCCCACAUGGACCUGAACAACCGAAGAAGACGGCGACGGUGACGACGACGGUGAUCGAGAAGUACGACGAUGAACGAAGCCCAUCGCCGCCGCCGCCGGAGGAGUCAAGCCAUCCAGUUUAUUUUGGCGGCUCUGGUCGGCCUUUGGUGCAUCUGCCUACUCCCAAGCCUGUGGUAAAGCUCCCUCCUAAGGCGAUCGCAGCACCUCCUCUGCCCCCGCCCACCUUUGCCUCCAUGGCAGCUGCACCCCCACGAGGUGCCCCGGCACCUUCGAGUAAGAUCUCAUGGCAAGAAAAGAUCAAUACUCUUUUUGGCAAGAAAACGCCCCCGGCAACGAAGAGCUCUUUGGCUGUAACCUCCGCCACCAAAGAACCUCUCGAUGUACAACCCCCACCAGCUGCGGCUGUCUCGGUUUCAGUGUCCUUCCCCACCAAAGUGGUUGAUACACGAGGUGGAGAUGGGGACUUGGCCGUUCGACAAGUUGAAGAACAAGACGAGAUCUUUGAAGAUCGUGAACCGGGCUCUCAGCCCCCUGUUCGAGUCCCGAAUAUGGCUCCAGCUGCGGCCUGGGCUGCCGCUCAACCUCCUCCCCCGACUCGCCAGCGCGGCAAGCUUAUGAAGCCCGUUCAGAGUCGCAGUGUUGAACCCUACAUAGUCGGACUCGGUGAAAAGGAUACAUCUGGAAAUCUGCGUGUCUUGAUUCGAUUCCCUGGAGCUCUAGCUUCCAAAAUCUGCAGUCUGCCCAAAAAGAUCUCGGCAUCGCGACCUCGCGCCUCUCCCCCGGUGAAACCUCGAAAGGGCCCAAAGCCUCGUGACGCUCCCGGUAACGCCAUCCCGCCAAAGAAGAGUUCUCCGCAAAAUGGAGGCACAUCUUCAACUCCGCGACACUCGUCACAAAAGGCUACGUGGGGACCUCGAGCAGGCAGUGGCUCGCGGUAA